UCUACAUUGAUUUUUUAACUGACGGAUACCGUACACAGUCUAGUCAGCUGACUAUGACGAGACAUCCACACAAAGAAAAUUUGAGUUUCACAGGGACUCCGAUUGAAGCAAACAAGCAUGGAAGAUGAUGAAACGUCCCCCCUGACCUAUUCAACGCAGGUAACCGCAUCGGCGGACAACACGCAACCAGCGACAGACGGUCGUAAGUCCAGAAUCACCGUCGAACCCGUCAUCUUCUUCAUGAUGCUAGCGUACAGCUUGUUCAUACCGCUCAGACUACAGUAUCUGACGAGGCGGAUUGCGCAAGAUGAGUUUGGGAUCGUUGAUUACAACCAUGCCGACGAUCCACUCUGCACUCAGGAUGUUAAUAAUAGUGUAAUGACGGUCAAUGGUACAACAGAAAUGGAAAUUGAACAGAGGGUGUCACUUUUUGCACUGUACCUGAGUGCGACAACCUCUGUUCCAGCAUUGUUCUGCACAACCCUGUUAGGAGCGCACAGUGACCAAGCUGGAAGGAAGGUUGCCCUCAUAGUCCCAUCCAUAGGUUUCUGUGUCUAUGCAGCAUGUUAUCUUACCGUCACUAUCAAGGAAAUGAACAUAUGGUAUCUUGCCAUUGGUCAUUUUAUGCUGGGUGUUUGUGGAGACUUUUCGCUGCUCCUCGCUGGCUGUUUCUCCUACAUGGCAGACAUUACCACAAAGAAGGAGAGGGCUCUGCGAAUCAUUCUCCUUGAUUGUCUGAGCUUUACUGCUGCGGGAAUUGCUCAAGUUGGAGUAGGUUUCUGGAUAAAAACUCAGGGAUUCGAAGCGCCGUACAUUUUCAUCCUUGGUUGUGUCUCACUCACAACGAUCUACGUCAUCUUCCUCGUGCCCGAUACACAUCCGCAAGCUCACCCCGCCAUGAUAAACGUCGGAGACGCCAUCAGGAAAAUACUGAACCUUGUCCAGAGCAACACCCACCAACGGCGUCUCCCUCUCUUUAUCGCCACGUCUGUCAUGCUUCUCAGGGUUCUGGUGUUUUUCUCGUUGCCAUCGUUGACAUUGCUCUACGGAAUGGGGCACCCAUUUUGCUGGGAUUCGGUGAUCAUUGGGAUAUUCAGUGCAAUGCAGUAUGUGUCGGGAGCAAUAGGUAUGAUAAUUGGUGGGAAGCUUCUCAGUCGAUACCUACGGGAUGCAAGCCUUGUUCAAGUUGGAUUAAUUUCUUCAAUUUUAUGCAUCGUGUUAACAGGUGUAGCACCAAGUAAUCCUUAUCUUUAUGCUGUUCCAGUGGUAGGAUUAUUCCGAGCGUUAUCUCUUCCAAUGCUGAGAACGAUCAUGUCAAAACUGGUUUACCCGUCAGAACAAGGUGUAAUGUUUGCCUGUAUAGGAUGUUUACAAAGUUUAGCCAUGGUGGUAUCACCGCUCAUUUUCAAUACUCUCUAUAACGCAACGUUACAUAUUCUUAGAGGACUGGUAUUCUAUGUCAUGGCUGCUUUUCUCGUCAUCGCUAGUCUUCUUUCAAUUGUUUUACAAGUUAAAAGGCAGGAGUCCUCAUUCUUACUCCUUUCGGACCCGUCAACCAUCAAUCCAGGUAGCCGCAGUCUUUUAACAGGACGACCUCGUAAUUACAGAUCGGUUCCAACGUAGCGGGGGUGAACCCCAGUCAGCUCCGCACACCCCAUCUUUGAAUUAAGGGGUCUGAAUGUGCAGCCUACAAUGUGUACUGAAGGCCCCCCUCGCACAGAUAUUGAAACAGCAAUUUUUAUAUGCGCUAAUCCUUUGUGAAUACCCCUCUUGUCGAUCAAAGUUGUAAAUCGGGGAAAUUGAAAAAGCGAGUUUUGUAUGUGCUAGUCUCGUGUGAAGACCCUCUCGUCGAUCAAAAUUUCCACCAGGGUCUGUGACUGCAGACUAGAUGAACUGUAUUCUGAACUUAGGGUUCUCUUCAAGCUCUGGUUCAAGGUUGUGGUGUUACUAUGGAAGGCCAACUGUGACAUAAACAUCUUUUCAUCAAGUAGUGGACCUGGUGGGUGUUUCAUAAAGCUGUUCGUAAGUUAAGAGUGACUUUAA